AUGGAGCCUCAAAACCGCCCAAUCGGAGAUUUUGAUUCACUAGACAUCUUCUUCACAAAACGCCCACCUAUAUGCCCUUUACCACCUACUGGAGAGUUUAAGAUAAGCUCUAAACUCAUUGCUUUGGUGGAGCAGCAUCAGUUUCGUGGCCUAGAGGAAGAGCAGCCCAUUGAUCAUAUUGAGAGGUUUGAAGAAAUCUGCGCUACAAGGAGAUAUAGUGGAGUUUCUGAGGAUUACUUGAAGUGUACUCUAUUCUCUUUCUCUUUGAUUGAGAAGGCAUACAAAUGGAUGAGAGCUCUUCCAGCAGGAUCAAUCACUACUUGGGAUGAGUACAAGAGAGCUUUCUUGAAGAAUUUCUACCCAAAAGAGAGAUUAAAAUGGAUGAGAAGAAGAAUCUCAGAAUUUCGACAUGAAGCACAUGAAUCUUUCUUUGAGGCUGUUUCACGGUUCAAGGAGUACAAGAGAGAGUGCCCUCACCAUGGUUUUACUGAGAUUGCUUUGCUAAACUUCUUCUAUCAAGGAGUUGAUGAGAAAUUCAAGAUGGCGCUCAACACAGCUAGUCAAGGGGACUUCAUGACUAAUACUAUUUCUCAAGCCAACAUUCUCAUUGAUAACUUGGCAGCAAGCAGCAAAAGUUCAAGCCAAGACUAUGUGCAAGGCGUGGAGGAGAUCAAACCAAAAUCUGAUUUUUCAGAAAUCUUUGAGCUAAAGUCAUUAGUUGCUCAACUUCUCAAGAGCCAACAAGGCAAUGGUGACCUAUGUGAGAACGUGGUGGCCUCUAGCAGAAAGGAUAAUAAAGAUUUGAGUGGUGAAAGUUCUUCUAAGCAUCAAGAGGGAGUGAAUUAUGUUGGUGAGUUUGGAAAUAUCAAUGAAAACCGAAAUCAAAACGGUUUUAACCAUGGAAACCCUCAGCCAAACAUUGAAGAUCCUCUUCUAGACCAAGAUCACGUGGUCAUGACACCUAAAGAGAGAAACCUUGAAGCUAUGAUGCAUCAGUUCAUGGAGAAUCAAGAGCAAUUCAUUGAAGGAAUGAAGCAAUGCGCCAAAGAUAACAAAAACCUUGGUUUCAAGAUGGAUAGCAUGCACGAUCAUCUUCAAAGGAGUAACCAGGAGCUGUAUGAGAGAUUUAUCAACCUCUCUAAUCAUGUUAAGAUGGUGGAAGUGCAAGUUUCCCAAAUUGCAGAAGGAUCCAAGAGACAAGCCAAUGUUCUUCCAGAAAAAGUGGAGGAGAACCCUAAGUUUUGCAAGGUGAUAACAACCAAGAAGAAGGAUGCCGUUUCACAAGCCCCUAGAGUUCAAUCAACCUCCAAGCAUCAUGUGACAAGACGUGAAGAUGAUGAGCCUAUUUCAAAAGCACCACAUCAAAGGAGGCUUAAGAAGAGAGAAGAUCCAGUGAAGUUUAUCUUCUCUUGCACAAUCAAUGGUAUUGACUUUAUUGAAUCUUUGUGUGAUACAGGAUCUACAGUGAAUCUCAUGUCUAAGAUCAUAGCAAGGAAGCUUGGGAUUGUAGAGAUGGAGCCUCCUGGAAAGAUGCUUAAGUUUGCAGAUGCUUCUAGCACAACUCCAUGUGGCUUUGUGCGUGAUCUAGAGAUGCAAGUAGGUGGAUGUCUAGUCCCCACCGAUUUCCACAUCAUAGAAAUGCAAGAUGAAGCUUCUAUGUCGCUGAUCCUUGGGACUCCUUUCCUUACAACCGUGGGAGCAAUGUUUGAUUUUCGCAAGGGACAAGUUUCUUUCUCUGAAAUCAAGAAGAAGGUCUUCUAUCCUGGCGUUCCUGCUGAAACCUCGUGUUGUACAACCAUCUACAGUGAGGAGAGAGCAAGUUUAGACCCUGGAGAUGACAUUAAAAGGUCACAAGACGUUCCUCAAGAAGCUCUCUACAUUGGAUCUUAUGACAUUUUCAAGUCAGCCCCAAGUGCAGCCAAGCUACCACCAGAGGAAGCCACUCUCACGACCAAGGAAGGAGCCUUGCCGCCUAAAGAUCCAAAGAAAAAUGAGCACUAUCCCAAACCAAAGGAGAGGAAGAAACCAUCGGAGCUGAAACAUAAAGAUGUCUUCAAGGACCUCCACUCGGUUUUGCCUCCCCCCUUUGAUGAAUAUGAAGCUAAGGAGGAGCCUGAUGAUCCUACCGCAAAGGAGAAGCUAAAGAACACCUUAAGGCUCUUCCCGAGUGCAUUUGUCUUCAAAGAUGGCAUGGGAGAUGAUAUUGGCGUGCCCAAACCACCACAUGAACCCCCUGGACAAGAGAAGGAAGAAGCAAAAGGGAUCCUAAACCCCUUAGUUGAUGCUCCAACCAACUAA